GGUGUUGUGCGCGGUAAUUGGUCAGCUUUCUCCUCUAAGGCCUCUCCCUUUAAACCUUAGGUGGACAGUAAGAUUGUGAAGCGGACUUUGUCCAAGUGUUUAAACGAGGAGACGCUGCGCACUGUUUUCUCCGCCACGGAAGAAAUAUGCUGUAGUCGUCUCCUCUGAGCAGCUUUGGUCCAGGACAGACUCUUCGUGAUCAUGGAACUGGAGGAGAAACCGAAAUAUGGUGAGCCAAAGAAGUAUGACCCGACCUUCAAGGGCCCGAUCCAGAACAGGGGCUGCACAGACAUCCUGUGUUGCAUCCUCUUCUUCCUCGCCAUCCUGGCUUACAUUGCUGUGGGAAUACUUGCCUGGACCCAGGGCGACCCCCGGAAGGUGAUCUACCCCACAGACAGUCGGGGCCAGUUCUGCGGGCAUGCCGGCACCCCGCUCGAGAACAAGCCGCUGUUGUUCUACUUCAACAUUAUGAAGUGCGCCAGCCCCAUGGUGCUGCUGGAGUUCCAGUGUCCGACCACACAGAUGUGUGUGGAGAAAUGCCCUGACAAGUUCAUGACAUUAGUCAAAGCCUACAGCAACAAAAAUGACUUUGACUACUACAAGAACUUCUGCCAGGAGGGGGUGACCAACACCAUGGGUGUACCACAAAUCCUACAGCUAAAGCUCUGUCCUGCCAUGCUGAUCCCCAGCACCGCCUUUACUCGCAGGUGUUUCCCAGCUUUGGGGCAGAAAGGAGGCGUGAUCACUGUGGGAAACAACUCCAAGUUUGAUGAUGGCACCGGGAACAUGAGAGAUGCCAAGGAUCUGGUGGAUGGAGUCAAGAAUGCUACUGUGGUUAUUGAAGCUCGGCAGGUGGUCAUGAAAAUCUUUGAGGAUUACACACGGUCCUGGUACUGGAUCCUGAUAGGGCUGGUCAUUGCUACGCUCACCAGCCUGCUCUUCAUCGUCCUCCUGCGCUUCCUGGCAGCGAUCAUGGUCUGGAUCAUGAUCGUCCUGGUGAUACUGGUCAUAGGAUAUGGUAUCUUCCACUGCUACAUGGAGUAUGCUGCCCUGAAGGAAGCGCCUGGUGCCAACGUGACUCUGCAGGACCUGGGCUUCCAGACGGACUUCGCAGUCUACCUGCAGAUCCAACAGACGUGGCUGGCCUUCAUGAUCAUCCUGGCCAUUGUGGAGGUCAUCAUCAUCCUCCUGCUCAUCUUCCUCAGGAAGAGGAUCCUCAUUUCCAUUGCUCUCAUCAAAGAAGCCAGCAGAGCCGUCGGCCACAUCAUGUCCUCCCUGUUCUACCCCCUGUUCACCUUCCUCCUGCUGACCAUAGUGAUCGCCUACUGGGCUGUCACUGCUGUCUUCUUGUCUACCUCCAAUGAGGCCGUCUACAAAGUUUUCAAUGAGUCAGUGUGCGACUACUCGAGGACGAACUGUGACCCGGCUAACUACUCCAGCAGUGAUAUGAAAAAGCAGUGCCCGGACUCCCAGUGCCUUUUUGCCUUCUACGGGGGAGAGACUCUUUACCACAAGUACUUGAUCGGCCUGCAGUUCUACAACGUCUUCCUCUUCUUCUGGUGUGCCAACUUCGUCACGGCUCUGGGACAGAUGACCCUGGCCGGGGCCUUUGCCUCCUACUACUGGGCCUUUGUCAAGCCAGAUGACAUGCCCACCUGCCCACUGUUUUCUUCCCUGGGGAGAUCUCUCAGGUAUCACACGGGAACUCUGGCGUUCGGCUCCCUCAUCCUCUCCAUCAUUCAGAUCAUCAGGGUUCUGCUGGAGUAUCUGGACCACAAGCUGAAAGUCGCCCAGAAUAAGUUUGCAAAGUUCCUGCUGUGCUGCCUGAAGUGCUGCUUCUGGUGCCUGGAGAAGUUUGUCAAGUUCCUCAACAGAAACGCCUACAUCAUGGUGGCGAUUUAUGGCAAGAACUUCUGCACGUCUGCCAGAGACGCCUUCUUCCUCCUCAUGAGGAACAUGAUCAGGGUGGCUGUGUUGGACAAAGUCACAGACUUCCUCUUGUUUCUAGGCAAACUGCUCAUUGUGGGGCUCGUGGGGGUCUUUGCCUUCUUUUUCUUCUCGGGGAGAGUGAAGGCCUUUGAGAACACAGCUCCCAGCCUCCACUACUACUGGGUGCCCAUCCUGACUGUGGUGGUUGGCUCCUACUUCAUCGCCCAUGGCUUCUUCAGUGUGUACGCCAUGUGUGUGGACACGCUGUUUCUCUGCUUCUUGGAGGACCUGGAGAGGAAUGAUGGCAGCCCAGAGAGGCCGUACCUGAUGCCCGAGAGCCUCCGCAAAAUCCUGAACAAGAAGAACAAGAGCCAGCCGGCUCAGUAGCCCCUGUCUUCCGGCUGGAGAUGCUGGCGUGGUUCAGUGGGACCAGGAGGGCGACACCGUGCCAUCAAUCCCCUGGAGCCUACAGGGGGUGGCCAUGUUCCACUGUCGCAGGUCUCACGGACACUUUGGCUGCUCCCGAUGUCAGGACUCUGCUCAGAGCUUUUUUUAAUGCAGUUAACAUCCAAACCUAGUUGUAGUGUGUUCUUUUUAUCAGUGAAGAAGUUUAAUGUGAGCAUGUUUUAUUAUCCGAGUGUUACGUGAAGGUAACCUCCCAGGUAAUCAGUUAAAGCCUUUCAAAGUGCUACUCUUGUAUUUUCAAAUGUGUAUUCUCAUCUUUAUAUUUGAAUAAAUAUUUAACCUUAUUGUUACCAAAGCCCCCGCUGUGCUGGCCAGCCGGGCACCGUGGGGCCUUGUCUACAUUGACAAGCAUGUGAUGCUGAAUGUGUUCAAACAAAAGCAGAAUGUCCACUUGGACACUUUUCUUCACGUUUGUGCAGGUGAAUUGAUGAUGUUUUUGAAAUACAGCCUUCACACAGAGUGGUGUGGGAGCCUGUCUUUUCCAGAACAGCCAUACAAUGCACUGCCCCUUAGGCUGCUAUCCACAUCCUGCAAGGUGAGGGUCGGCCCUGCUGCCGGGGGCAUACGUGGCCUCAGUCCUUCAGGAGCCCGUCUGGGUCGACGCGAUGCUCCCAGGUGGCUGCGGGGCUGACGUCGCCCUGUCGGACGUGGCUGGCCCACGCUCGCCUUCCUGGUACAGAUCCUGUAUGUGAUGCGUCUGUUCUGAUGGUCCAGCAGCUUCGUCUGCCAGAAGACGUGCUCAGUGUGACACAAGCUUGUAUUCACCCUCAACAUGGCUGAAUUUCCAGUACUGUCCACUAGAUGGGAGGUUUCAACAAGUUAUAAAUGGUUCACCUAUUUAAGAAAACUGAAUGGAAAUGUAAUCAUUAUUGAUAAAACAGAAAUGUACAUCGAUGCUUUUUGUUGAGGACUGUGUGGAAACCGGCGGCUGUCGAAAACCAACGUGUCUGUAUCUGCUGAGGUUUCGUAGUAUUUCUUGUUUUCUGUGUUGCAGCUUGUUUCUGCAUUGAGCUCUCUGGGCCACCGUAGGCGGCUGUCCUUCAUGCGUAUAGGUCAGUCAGCAGAGCAGAACAGGAUCUUAUCAG